AAGUUUUGUCCCCCCUACAAAAAUUGAUGAAAUAGGAUAGUCGUUCAGACUGUUCGGGAAAUAAAAGGACAUUUUUAAGUUUGGCAAUUUAACAUUUGCUCUUCAGAAGUCCCGGGCGAUCGUUAAGGGUCCAGCACAAUGCGGGGUCUCUUCCUAGUGAUUUUAGCGGCGGCGGCAGUGGUCCGCGGUAAUCUUUACAGGGGACCGCGAUUUAUAGAUCUCGGUAUCGUAGGGAUUCUCCGACCUGUCACCAUAGGCUACAAUCGAGAGACUCUUAGUAGACUUUCUGCCUUUGACAGACUAACCAGUUCCUCAGUGAGUGAUAUUGGUCCUACAUUCGUGGCAAGUGGAGUAAGCGGAGGAUCCACUAUCGGCCCCGGGCCAUAUCUGGCCGGAAGCAGCGUCACAGAUGUCUCGAGGACCAUAGCGCCAUUCAGUUCAGGGCCAUUAUCAGGAGCUGUCGAGGCCUAUGAGGGCAUAGGGCCUAUCGUUGGACCAGGCUCCAGCGGACCUUAUUUUGAUGGCCCAUUAGACACAACAGAUGGACCAGAUAUCGGACCUUUAGAUGGACUCUCUGGACCUGUUUCCAGUGACGGAUUGAGCGUGGGACCUGGAGCCACUUUUGGAGGGGGCGUGACUACAGUCAGAUCAACCAGAGUUUCAUUUCCUGGUCCAGUAGGAACAUAUCCAGAGGAAAACCAGCCCUAUUAUGAUGGACCAUUUGAUAAUCCAUAUGAUGGACUGGAUUCAUCUCCUUAUGAUUUAGGAGGUUUUGGUGAACUGGGUGGAGUAGGAUCUGGAGGCGGUGUUGGCGGAGGAGUAACAACAGUUAGAACAACCAGAUAUUCUCCCGGCCCUGUAGGAACAUACUCUAGAUUGGAUUCAUAUGAUGGAUUGGAUUCAUCCCCUUAUGAUUUAGGAGGCUUUGAUGGAUUGGAUGGUGUAGGAUCUGGAGUCGGACGGGUAUCAACCGUUAGAAGGACCAGAUAUACGUUACCCGGAGUGACUGUACCAUCCAUUUAUUACACUAGAGGUUCUACUGGAGGGGGCAACUAUUUUGAUUUAGGGUACGACUUCCCUGGUGACGGCGAUUAUGACAGACUGCGUUUGUUGUCGGGCGGGUCAGGUUUUGGCGGAAGUUACGCAAGAGAUAUACAAUAUUCACUCGGGGGCCGUUCCGAUGGUUAUUACAUUAAUCCGUAUAGAUUUCGGGACUCUGGAAUAGGACUGAGGGCUGGAGUGGGAGCUGGAGCUGGAAUAGGACCAGGAGCAUUUGGAGAUGUUCGUUCUUCAUUUUCUGCCGGCGGAGAUACUAGUAUCGAUUCAGCAGCAGCAGCAUCAGGAGGAGUUGUCGGAGGCUUGACAUCAGGAUCUACUUCCGGUUCAGAGGGGUACAGCAUUACGGAUCCUAGAAUCAUGCCCAACUAUUAAUUUAAGAUUUACGAGCCUGACUUCUGAAGGGUAACUCUAAGCACGCUGAGUUUCUACACCAUUAACACAUUGUAAUUAUCAUUUAUAUCAGACGCCCGGGGAUUUUUAAAUAAAACAUCAAGCACAAA